UUUUUCCUCACACUAUCUUCAUACCUUGUCUACAGAGAGACCUUCUGGGCAUCCAGCGCCUGCUGAACUCUACAGAGUUCAACCUGAACCAGUUAACAGCCCUGCUAGACUGCAGGGGGCUCCAUAAGAACUACCUGGAUGGUCUGAUGGGGGUGUGUUAUGACGGGGUGGAGGGUCUCCUCUACCUCUGCCUCUUCUCUCUGCUGUCGGUCAGUGCCUUCUGUGUCAUGCUGUGUGCCAUCCCCCGGGCAUGGACCCUUGGACCCUCAUCACCAGCAGAGGCCUGGAUGCUGAUUCUAGAGGGCCUGGAUGUUGAUGCUAGAGGGCCUGGAUGUUGA